GAGGUCACGGUGGACUCGACGUCCACGUCCUGCGGCUUUACCUCCCAUCUUUCAACAAGUUUGUCGUUCCGAAUUACGAUCCAAGAACUCCUUUUUCCACCGUUGGCAGUCAACGCCGGCUACGAGCACGUCGAGGACUUUGAAGCGGUUUCGUUUUCGUGCGAAAGGCGCCGAUUAGUAAUUCCUCUGCUGCCUGAGCCGAAGCUGCACUGUUCCCGGCCUCAAAACACUUGUUCCGCGAGCUUACAUGUGGAUAUGCCCGACUACGGCAUCGCGUGCUAAAAUUGUCCACUCUUUGUCCCGCGGACCGAAGUCCUCAACGCAUUGCAUCCGGAACAUGUCCAUUGAUCUGUCCCUCGAGCGGAUCCGCAAGCUACAGGCGCACCUACCUACCUAUACUCGACCUACCUGUCACAUAACCGGCACCAACGGGAAGGGGAGCGUAUCUGCUUUCCUUUCCUCUAUAUUCCGAACGGCCGCGCCGACCGCGCAGUUCAAAGUGGGGCGGUUCAAUAGCCCGCACCUUAUCUCUGUCAAUGACUCGAUCACACUGAACGAUGUGCCAGUACCCAUGGAUCUAUACGCCUCAGCUCACGCUCGUGUCGUGCAGGCGAACACGGAUCGCGGAAUCGGCGCGAGUAACUUCGAGUUGCUUACCUGCACCGCCUUGAACAUCUUCGAGACUGUUGGAGCCGAGGUGGUCGUCCUUGAGGUCGGGAUGGGCGGGCGGCUCGAUGCUACAAAUGUAAUCCCAGACAACACAGUACUCGCAUCUGCGAUGACGGCCGUCGAUCUCGACCACCAGGCAUUUCUGGGUGGUACAGUCACCGCCAUAGCGCGCGAAAAGGCGGCCAUCGCCAGGCCCGGGCGCCCGUUCAUCCUCGGACGACAGAGUCACUGCGAAGUUGAACUCGCCGUGCGGGACGUCAUAGGACCAGCUGGAGCAGAGUUACUCAUGGCGCCGAACGUCGACAAGCGGGAGUGGGAUGAGAGCCUGGACGGUCCGCGCCCAUCGGUCGACCAAGUCCCCCCUCCUCCUACCCCAGUCGAGGUCAAGCUCCCUUGCUUCGAGGAUCCGAUCCGCGCGUUGCUACCCCUGCAGGGUGGGCACCAGCUCGCGAACCUCGGAGUUGCGCUAGGCAUCAUCUCCGCCAUCCGAAUACGCAAGUCCGUCGAUCUACCCUGGAUCGACAGGCUUACACCGGAAAACAUAGCGCAGGGGGUCAGAGACACUCAGUGGCCGGGUAGGCUGUCCUGGCAUAGUCUGCCAGGAGUAGCACCACUUGUGCUGGUAGACGGCGCACACAAUGUCGCCUCAGCGCGUACCCUGUCGGCAUACAUCGAGUCCCUCUCUCACGGAAUUCGACCGCUCACACUCACAUAUCUUCUGGGCCUCUCAUCUUCCCCGCCAAAGACACCAGAGCAGACGCUCGAACCACUCUUGUCGCUCUCCGCCGAUAUCGCAGUGGCGGCCCUUCCAUUCUCUCCUCCCGAAGGGAUGCCUUGGGUUCGCGAUGAGCCCCGUGAGGCUUUGCUUGCUGCCGUUGACAAGCUAGCCCCCCAUGCAAUUAUCUGGAGCGGUGUCGACGACGAAGGAUCUCAGGAUCCGAUUAUGCAACUUCGUUCGGCGUUGGAAUGGGCGGCGAGCAGACAGGCUGAGAAAGGUGGCUUGAUCGUGGUCGCCGGUAGUCUAUACCUUGUCGCAGACUUCUACAGACUGCUGGCGAAACUAGGCCGACGGGGGGGAUCAAGGGCCGGCGGACGACGACACAGUUUCAUAGAUCGCUCAGUCCUCAUGAUAGAGCGGCAAUAAUACGGUUAUCGCUUGUGACGUACGAUUGUUUAAAACAUGACACCGUUCUGACUUCA